CGGUUCGGCAGCUGUCAAAGCAAUCGCAUAACACAAUCAGCUGUGCACUUUGCUGCAUGGCUGUUUUUUUUUUUUAUUCUGUUGUUACUUCGUGGUGUGCGAUGCAGAAUUUAAAACAUGUUGUAAUGUGAGAAAAUAGAUGGUUUUCCGAUCCCUUGCAUCCCCCACAUUACACACGAUGAGUGGAAACGGCGGGCAUCGCAGCAAGUUUGGGUCGCUGAUAGGCGUCCUUUACGUUGGGCACACAUGCUGCAAGUGUCUGAUUUACGCCACAAGAAAUGCCGAGGUGCUCACCUGCCACGAAUCGUCCCUCGAGUGUCUGUCGCCCCAGUCGGGAUGGGUUGAGGUGGACCCGCUGGCCGUGUGGGAGACGGCACGAAUGUGUCUGGAAACGGCCGUACAGAAUCUAAUCAUACUGGACAUAAAUCCGCACGACAUUGUGGCGGUCGGUGUGUGCAAUCAGCGCGAGACGACGGUGCUGUGGGACAGGACAACGGGCGAACCGUUGUGCAACGCGAUCGGAUGGUGCGAUACGCGCACAUCGAGCGUGGUCGGCAGCAUUCUGCAGCGGGUACGGGGGAAGAAAAAUUACCUUAAAUCGGUAUGCGGCCUGACGGUGAGCAAUUGCUUCAGUGCGGUCAAAAUUCGUUGGAUGAUGGAAAACGUGGCCGGAGUGCAGCAGGCGGUGGACGACGGACGGGCCGCGUUCGGGACGCUGGACAGCUGGAUCAUAUGGAUGCUAACGGGGGGCGUCGAGGCGGGCAUUCAUGUGACGGACGUGACGAACGCGGCCCGGACAAUGCUCAUGAACCUGGAGCGUUGCGUGUGGGACGAACGGCUGUGUCGUUUCUUUCGCAUUCCUAGCAAGAUCCUGCCGGAAAUUCGGAGCUGCUCCGAGGUGUACGGAUACAUUAACGAUGGUCCACUGAGCGGCAUACCUAUUGCAAGUUGUCUUGGCGAUCAACAGGCCGCCCUGCUCGGGCAAAUGUGUAUCAACGCAGGGCAAGCCAACUGUACGAUCGAUGAGGGAAUGUUUGUGCUGUUCAACACUGCCCAGGAAAUUAUCGACUCCGACCAUGGAUUGCUCUCGACGGUGGCGUUUCAGCUUGGUCCCCGUGGGGCCGUCUAUUACGCGCUCGAAGGUGCAAUAGCACACGCCGGUUCGUCGAUCGGUUGGCUAAGACAAACGCUAGCCCUCGAACCGGCACCGUCCGAGCCAAUGAACAGCAGUCUGACCGGUUUGUUUCCCGAUGGCACCCCCAAUACUCAGCUGGUAGCUUCGUUUUGUUCCGUCAGCUCACCGGUUCCACCGUACGGUGGUGAUUCGAAGCCGCUCACCAGCAGUGGCCCUCGUGGUGGCGUAAUUUUCGUACCUGCAUUCAGUGGCUACUACACACCGUACUGGCGUUACAAGGCACGGGGCAUGAUGUUUGGCAUUACGCUGCAGACAACGCCACAGCAGAUUAUGUACGCCGCACACGAAGCCAUCUGCCAUCAGGUGCGGGAAGUGUUGGAAUCGUUGGCGAAGGAUUGUCCAACCUGGCCACGGCUCACGAAGCUAACCGUCGGUGGAGAUCUGAGCGAGCAGCGGUUUCUGGUGCAAAUGCUGUCCGAUCUAAAUGGGCUGCUGGUGGAACGACCGCAAACAUCGACACCGGCCUGCCUGGGAGCGAUGCUCGCUGCCGGGCUGGCCACCGAAAUACUGUCCAUCGACCAGUUUCGCCAAAACUGUGUUCCGCCGGUCGAUGUUUUCAACACUGCAUACAAUUCUAGUCAGAGAGAUAUGAAGUUUCGCCGUUGGAAGAUGGCUGUCGAUCGCUGUUUGAACUUUGACUCCGUGUCGGACAGCGAUCCCGUCAAGCUGAUCGGUGACGGGCGUGAUCCAGAUUCGUUCGUCCGUUGCUCUAUUCCCGGUUCGGUGUUUAUCGUUUCCUCCUUUGUGCUGGUCGUGGUCGCGCAGCUGAUGAAGCAAAACGGUUUCGCGUAGCUGCGCACACACACAAGGAAGGCAGGGAAGAUGGUUGCUUGAUACGAUCUUUGCUGUUCGCGCGCAUUCGCAGUUACCACGAAGCGAGGUAGUAUUAGGCGCUGUGUAGCUAUGUUCCUGACCGCAGCAAUCGGGUGUGGUGUGGCGUGGAGGGACAUUCGUUGUUUGUUACCGUGCACAAAUUGAUGACACUUUCGUACGCUUGCAGCAAAACACUAUGACAAGUGAGAGUAAUGAAAUCGAAAUACAAUAACUACGUUUGUUGCUGAAA